GCUUAGGCUGAUUCUCUUCUAUUCUUCCCCAAAUUCUCCUCAAAUCCCUAAAUCCCCAAUUCUAUUCUAUAAACCCUAAAUUCCCAAUCUCUAGAUCUGAUCUAGAAACCCGUUAGAAACUUUGUUUCUAACAUUUGGUAUCAGAGCCUGGUUAUAGAUUUGAGUUCAUCACAACUCUCACCACAGAAUUACCAGAAACUCUAUCACGCGUUUGAAGCUCUCAAAGCCAGUCUGAUAACAUAUGAAGCUAACAGGGAAGCACACUACAACAAGAUGAUGGCAAGCCUAGCAGAACUUCGAGUCAAACUCGAGCGCCGUGCGGCCCGACGCCGCGCGACCUGCAACCAGCCAGAGGCUUCGUCGGAGGAUUCACUACUUUCAGCCACCACCGACCAGCCGAGUUAUGAAGCCAAGACGGAACCUCCAAUUGAGCUUGUGCCAGCCACCAACCACCAGGGAAAGUGCUCGACGCCACUCGAACCGAUGGAGAGGGAGGCACCAUCGAAGAAGAAAAUAGCGGAGGAGACUGAGCAAACCUCGGCAUCUUCCUUCGAGGCGAUGGUGGGCGAGCAGUCCCUAGCAGCCUUGACUGCUGCAUCGAAUCUAGAAUUGGAAGAGGUAAAAUCUGGAGCCAUCGCAAUCCCCUGGACAAUUCCAAUCGAGGGCUGGAAAUUCAGGAAGAAAAAGAAGAAACAAAGACGGAAACUGCUAAGGGAUGAAACUCCGUCGGAGAAGGAGAAGGACGUGGCUGCUCCAAAGUCGCCGAGCGCUCCCUUGGUGUUCAAUUCGCCGCCGAUUAUGGAGAGUGUUGAGAAGGGGAAGAGCAGCGGGCUUUCGAUGCCUACUCCCCACCGCCUGGCGAACUGCUCACCGCGGAACUAGACGACACGUGCUCCGACGGAUAAGCAAGUGACCGAUGGGAAAACGGAGACGGCGUUGAGUGCCCGAGUUGUCUCGCCGGAGUCGGUGGUCGAGAAGGAGGAGUUUCCGCCGGGAAACAAAGCGUUGAGGAAGAC